AUGUCAGUGGUGAGCACCGCUCUCCAAUUUUCUCUUGUCGCAAAAAUCCUCCAAAAGGUUUGUUCGAUGCUGAACGAACCGUAUACUCUUAUUGUACUCCUUUCACUGCAGUCAUCAAACCAGUUCAAAACGGAAAAGUCGAUCUCCGAGGAGUUAAGUAUGCCACUCUCGAAGGUCAGCACAUCGCUGCAAGUCCUCAAAGAGGAGCGGUUAAUAGAGUCUGUCACGAUGACUGACCGCGUCGGCGAGAAAAAGAAGAUCAUCUCAGCGUAUUACAUCAACUACCAAUCCGCCAUCGAAAACAUCGUUUUCAAGUACUCAAAAAUAAUGAACGAACUCAACGAGUCGCGAAAGGUGGAGGAGGCGAUGUACAUCUGUAAAAACACGUGGAAAGAGACUAACAAAGACAGAAAAUGCAAUAAAAAGUACACCCAAGAAGAGGCUAUAGAGUAUAUGGAUUACGCGACAGGGAGAUUGGUGUGUGUGGAGUGCGCUUUGCCCUUGGAUAACGAUGUUGAAGAUUGUUCGAGUCAAGCUAACGCGAAGCUGAAGAACGUCACGGAACAAUUCAAAGAAGUCCGAGAGCUUUUGGAUCGAUUAAAGGAUGAGUACCAUAGUGUAGAAGACUAUCCACACUACACAUUGCCUCAUCAAGCCGAUCAACAGAACGCUCAAGGACAUGGUAAAAAGAAGCAACUCAUUGCAAGACAUCAGAAUUAUCAAAGCGGGAUCAUCUCGGGGUUUACAACAAGAAUCCUCGAUGGUCCAAUGCCUUGGGAAGAUGACGAAGAGGAAGUUGUAUUUGAUACCGUCCGCUCAUCUGUUAAACUUGGCGAUGACGACCGCGUCGACAUUUUUGGUAAUGUCGUCUUUUUGCAGAACGAAUUUAUGAAACCGGACGAAUCAUUCAACAGAACUGAAACAUCGAUUGUCCCGGGCUCUCUCCACAACUCACCUUCCAUCCCCAUGUCCUUCAAGAUGACAAAGAAGAGCAAAAAACAGAACUGCUCCAGAUCUGUUUCUGCUGUUCCUUCUCAGUUUUGA